AUCAUAUUAAUACAAAGGCAUUUCAAUCGUUUAGCCCUCGCCACCAUUUUGUUUUGGAUAUCUGUAAUAAGAACGGAAAUAAAUAGAAAAAUAUGAUCACAAUGAAAAGGAUUUAUAAAGUGUAUCCUCGUGGAAUAAUAUUUGUCGUAUUGUGCUCCGCCAUCAUAUCUCCAUCCAGUUGUGAAAGAACUGUAACCACUAAUACGGUAGAAUUCACCAUCCGAACGGAAUAUGGCAAAGGGCAUCAUUCGAUUCAAGCCAACGGCCAGCUUCUGGAAGAGAAUGGAAUGCUUUAUGGAGUACACAUCUCAGAUGUUAACAAAAUAGACUCUCAAAUCGAGUUGUACAUUUUGAGACCAAUUAAGAAACGUGAUGUUCAUUCCUACAAUGUCACUUGGACAGAAAGGAUACACAUCUUUGAUGAUGAUAUUGUUUAUCUGAAAUACGAUGUCAGUGUUCUCGUUGGAGAUGUAUUUGGUUGGUCUUUUCCCCAACACGAUAAAAUCCACUUUAAUGAUGAUCAACUUAAUAAUAUCGAGCUACCUGAUGAUCCAAAAUACUAUCGGCGGAGAGACAUUCUGAAGGAGAUAAACAUCAAUGCUGGAACGAAUAUUCAACGCUCUGUAGCAAUUGCUCCACUGAUUACAGAUCUGUUCAGAUCAUCGUACUUCCAAGAGGACUUUGUUAGACCAUCACCGAGACGAAUUAAGAGAGUGGCAGGUGCUACUGGGCCAACGGGGGCAACCGGACCAACGGGAACUACGGGCCCAACAGGUGCAACGGGGCCAACAGGAGCAACAGGUCCCAGUGGAGCAACUGGUCCAACAGGAGCUACUGGAGAAGUUGGAGCUUUAGGACCAAGCGGGGCUACGGGUCCAACAGGAAGCACUGGUCCAACUGGUGCCACAGGCCCUACAGGUGCAACAGGUCCAACAGGAUCUACGGGUCCAACAGGUGCAACGGGUCCUACAGGAAGUACAGGUCCAACAGGUACAACAGGCCCUACAGGUACAACAGGGCCCACGGGAGCUACAGGUCCAACAGGAGCUUCAGGUCCAACGGGUACAACAGGUCCAACAGGAACUACGGGUACAACAGGAAGUACUGGUCCAACAGGUGCGACAGGCCCUACAGGCACAACUGGCCCAACUGGAUCAACGGGUCCGACAGGUGCAACGGGUACUACAGGGAGUACAGGUCCGACAGGUACAACAGGCCAAACGGGAAGUACUGGUCCAACAGGAAGUACUGGUCCAACAGGUACAACAGGACCUACAGGUACAACUGGACCAACAGGAGCAACAGGGCCAACAGGGGUUACGGGUCCAACAGGAAGUACUGGCCCAACAGGUACAACAGGCCCAACAGGUGCAACCGGUCCCACGGGAGCUACAGGCACAACAGGAGCUACAGGUCCAACGGGUACAACAGGUCCAACAGGAACUACAGGUCCAACAGGAAGUACUGGACCAACGGGUGCUACAGGCCCUACAGGAACUACAGGUCCAACAGGUGCAACAGGUUCCAUUGGAGCUACCGGUCCGACGGGUGCUACUGGGGAAGUUGGAGCUCUAGGACCAAGCGGGGCUUCCGGACCAACUGGAGCGACUGGGCUAACAGGAACUACGGGACCGACGGGAACUACAGGCCCAACUGGUUCAACGGGUCCAACGGGCGCAACUGGUCCAACUGGCGCAACGGGACCUACAGGAACUACGGGCCCAACAGGAACAACGGGUCCAACUGGAGCAUCCGGUCCAACGGGAGCUACUGGGCAAGUGGGAGCUUUGGGACCCAGCGGGGCAACCGGAACAACUGGUACAACUGGGCCAACAGGGUCGACCGGACCGACGGGCUCAACUGGUCCAACUGGAACUACUGGCCCUACAGGUGCAACUGGUCCUUCAGGUGCAACAGGUCAGACGGGGGCUACAGGCCAACCUGGAACAACAGGACCGACUGGAUCAACUGGAACAACUGGAAGCACAGGGACAACAGGUGUUACUGGACCAACAGGUUCGACCGGGCCCACUGGUGCCACUGGCCCAACUGGAGCAACGGGCCCGACUGGUAGUACAGGUCCCACAGGUUCAACAGGCCCUUCGGGCGCUACUGGACGUGUAGGAUCUACUGGACCGACUGGGUCUACUGGAAGAACAGGGACAACGGGACCCACUGGUGGAACUGGCCCAACUGGCGCAACUGGACCGACUGGUAGUACAGGGACGACAGGUUCAACUGGUUCCUCUGGGGCUACUGGACCAACUGGCACAACUGGCCCGACUGGCAGUACAGGGCAAACAGGUGCAACUGGCCAAACUGGAUCAACAGGUCCUACUGGGGCAACUGGUGUCUCCGGGACAACAGGACCAACGGGUUCAACCGGACCUUCAGGUACAACAGGCCCAACUGGUGCAACUGGCCCGACUGGUAAUACAGGCCCAACAGGUUCGACUGGGCCACCAGGCGCGACUGGUAUAACUGGAUCUACGGGUCCAAACGGAGCUACUGGAGUUUCAGGAACAACAGGACCAUCGGGUUCAACUGGUCCCACAGGUGCAACAGGGAAAACUGGUGCAACUGGCAUCACUGGUAGUACGGGCACUACAGGGUCGACAGGUCCAGUGGGAGCUUCUGGACCUACUGGUACAACUGGUCCAACUGGUAGUACUGGCCCAACUGGUACAACUGGCCCGACAGGGGCGACUGGAGUAACUGGAUCGACUGGACCAGGGGGAGCAACUGGUGUCUCUGGGUCAACAGGACCAACAGGUUCAACUGGACCCACAGGUGCAACGGGUCCAACUGGUGCAACAGGCCCGACUGGAAGUACGGGCACUACGGGCACAACCGGCCCCACUGGUGCCACGGGACCUACUGGUUCAACUGGGUUAACUGGCAGCACAGGCCCUUCAGGCUCGACUGGUCCAACAGGAGCUACUGGUCCAUUUGGAAUGACCGGUCAAACUGGAGCAACUGGUGACUCUGGAACAACAGGACCGACUGGUUCCACUGGACCCACAGGUGCAACGGGUCCAACUGGUGCAACAGGCCCGACUGGAAGUACAGGCACUACGGGUACGACCGGCCCCACAGGAGCAACUGGACCUACAGGUACAACUGGCCAAAUAGGUAGUACAGGCCCUACAGGAUCCACUGGUCCAACAGGAGCUACGGGACCAACUGGAUCUACGGGCCCAACGGGAGCGACUGGUGCCUCUGGAAAAACAGGACCUACAGGUUCAACUGGACCCACAGGUGCAACAGGUCCAACUGGUGCAACUGGUCCAACCGGGAGUACAGGACCAACAGGUUCAACUGGCCAAACAGGAGCGACUGGACCUACUGGAUCUACAGGCCCAACUGGAGCAACUGGUGUUUCAGGAACAACAGGACCGACGGGUUCCACUGGACCUACAGGGGCAACGGGUCCAACUGGUGCAACUGGCAUGCCUGGAAGUACGGGCAUUACAGGUUCGACUGGCCCCACAGGAGCGACUGGACCAACUGGUGCAACAGGCUCAAGCGGUAGCACAGGCCCUUCAGGUUCGACUGGUCCAACAGGAGCUACUGGCCCAACUGGCUCUACGGGCCAAACGGGAGCAACCGGUGCCUCUGGAACAACGGGGCCAACAGGUUCAACAGGACCAACGGGUGCAACAGGUCAAACUGGUGUAACUGGUCCGACUGGUAGUACGGGCCCAACAGGUUCGACUGGCCCAACAGGGGCGACUGGAGUAACUGGAUCCACUGGACCAGGUGGAGCAACCGGUGUCUCUGGAACAACAGGACCAACAGGUUCAACUGGACCCACAGGUUCAACGGGUCCAACUGGUGCAACAGGUCCGACUGGAAGUACAGGCAUUACGGGUACUACCGGUCCCACUGGUGCCACAGGAACUACUGGGGCAACCGGGCCAACUGGCAGUACAGGUCCUUCAGGUUCGACUGGUCCAACGGGGGCUACUGGCCCAAGUGGAACGACUGGUCCAACAGGAGCAACUGGUGUCUCUGGAACAACGGGGCCAACAGGUUCAACUGGACCAACAGGAGCUACGGGACCAACUGGUGCAACAGGUUCGAUUGGAAGUACAGGCACUACGGGUACAACUGGCCCCACUGGUGCUACAGGACCUACUGGUGCAACCGGUCCAACUGGUAGUACAGGUCCUACAGGUGCAACUGGCCCAAUAGGGGCUACUGGUCCAACUGGAUCCACGGGUCCAACAGGAGCAACUGGUGUUUCUGGAACAACAGGACCAACAGGUUCAACAGGACCAACAGGUAGAACAGGCCCAACUGGUGCAACAGGCCAGACUGGAAGUACAGGGCCAACGGGUUCAACUGGUCCAACAGGAGCUACUGGACCUAACGGAUCUACAGGACAAAGUGGAGCUACUGGUGUCUCCGGGACAACUGGACCAACAGGUUCAACUGGCCCGACUGGUGCAACAGGUCCAACAGGGGCAACAGGCCUCACUGGAAGUACAGGCAACACAGGUUCAACCGGACCAAUGGGUGCUACUGGACCAACUGGUUCAACUGGCCCAACUGGUAGCACAGGCCCUUCAGGAUCCACUGGUCCAUCAGGGGCUACUGGCCCAACUGGAUCCACGGGGAUAUCGGGAGCGACUGGUGUUCCUGGAACAACAGGACCAACGGGUUCCACAGGACCUACAGGUGCAACUGGUCCAAGUGGUGCAACUGGUCCUACUGGUAAAACAGGGCCUACAGGAUCAACUGGACCUACUGGAUCAACAGGACCAACUGGUUCAACAGGUCCAACUGGAGCUACUGGUAUUACAGGAACGACGGGACCAUCAGGUUCCACAGGCCCCACUGGUGCAACUGGCCCAACUGGUGCAACAGGACCGACUGGAAGUACUGGCAUUGCAGGCUCAACGGGCCCUACUGGAGCUACCGGACCAACUGGAGCUACUGGACCAACAGGAGCCACUGGUAUUACAGGCUCGACGGGACAAACUGGGACAACUGGACCGACUGGUGCAACUGGAGCGAUUGGUUCUACUGGUCCAACUGGCAGUACAGGUUUAACAGGUUCGACAGGUACCAGUGGAGCGACGGGGCCAACUGGAGCCACUGGACCCACUGGGGCGACAGGUGUUACAGGGUCGACGGGACCAACUGGAUCAACUGGACCUACUGGUGCAACUGGACCAAUCGCUGCUACUGGUCCAACUGGUAAUACAGGCCCAGCAGGUUCAACUGGGCCAUCAGGAGCAACAGGGCCAACUGGCGCCACAGGUGUCACUGGUCUUACGGGUCCAACAGGAUCAACUGGAGUCUAUGGGGCAACAGGUCCUACAGGGACAACAGGACCUACUGGAACUACUGGUGUGACUGGAGCGACUGGACCUACAGGAACAACAGGUCCAACCGGCACUACUGGCCCAACUGGUUCAACAGGGGUGACUGGUAAAACUGGACCCACUGGUGCCACUGGCAUAACUGGAUCAACUGGUCCAACAGGGGCAACAGGGCCAACUGGUUCAACUGGUGUCACUGGAACCACAGGACCAUCGGGCACUACUGGGCCUACAGGUGCAACUGGUCCAACUGGAUCAACUGGUGUCACUGGCACAACUGGUCCAACCGGAUCCACGGGUAUCACUGGUGCAACUGGUUUAACUGGUGUGACUGGACCGACUGGGGCAACUGGGGUAACUGGAAAGACAGGACCAACGGGCUCUACUGGGCCAACUGGGUCUACUGGUCCUACGGGAGCAACGGGUAUAACAGGGAUGACAGGUCCAACGGGGUCAACAGGACAGAUUGGAGCAACUGGACCUACAGGAGCAACUGGCCCAACGGGCUUAACAGGUCCUACUGGUUCUACUGGCCGCCCGGGUGCAACUGGUGAUACUGGAACCAUAGGGCCAAGUGGAGCAACUGGUCCAACGGGAGAUACUAUUAAUAUAAAUUAUUAUUCUGGUCAUACUGGGCCAACAGGAACUACUGGGCCAACAGGAGCUACAGGUAUAACUGGCUCGACUGGACCAACUGGAGCAACAGGUCCUACAGGAUCAACUGGACCAACUGGAUCGACAGGACCAACUGGCACAACCGGUCCUACGGGAACAACUGGACCUACUGGCACCACAGGCCCUACGGGCUCUACUGGACCAACGGGAGCAACGGGUCCAACUGGCGCAACUGGUCCAACUGGAACAACUGGUCCGACUGGAAGUACUGGACCAACAGGAUCCACGGGACCAAUUGGAGCUACAGGACAAACUGGAGUAACAGGUCCAAUGGGUUCUACUGGCCCAACUGGUUCAACAGGAAUUACAGGUGUUACUGGACCAACAGGAUCGACCGGACCAACAGGUACUACAGGACCAACUGGUUCAACAGGUGUAACAGGAAAAACAGGACCAACGGGAUCAACAGGCAUUCUCGGGGCAACUGGUCUCACAGGAACAACUGGACCAACUGGUAGCACUGGCGUUACGGGGAAAACGGGUCCAACGGGAAGCACUGGUAACACUGGAGCGACAGGGCCGUCUGGGGCAACUGGUCCAACUGGCAGAACUGGUGUUACUGGUAGUACUGGUCCCACCGGUGCAACCGGUUCAACAGGAGCAACUGGACCAACUGGGUUAACUGGACCAACUGGAUCAACAGGAGUCGUAGGUGCUACAGGUCCGACUGGUGAAAAAGGUGACCAGGGCCUCGUUGGACCAAGUGGAGCCACAGGACCAUCUGGUAACACAGUUAACAUAAACUAUUAUGAGGGCCACACUGGACCUACAGGGGGGACUGGUCCAACAGGAUCUACUGGACCAGCUGGUGCAACUGGACCAACAGGUGGAACAGGUCCAACAGGAUCUACCGGUCCAACAGGAUCAACUGGCCCGACUGGAGCUAUUGGAAGCACGGGUCCAACAGGGACAACAGGUCCUACCGGUUCAACAGGGUUAACAGGAAGUACUGGGCCCACUGGAAUCAAAGGGAAUAUAGGAGCUACAGGGCCAACGAGUGCAACAGGACCAACCGGAGCCACGGGACAGACUGGCUCUACUGGUUCUGAUGGUUCAACUGGUCCUACUGGUGUACCUGGUAAUAAAGGAGAUAUUGGGCCCGAAGGUGCAACAGGACCCUCUGGCAACACUGUUAAUAUCAAUUAUUAUGUUGGAGCUACAGGUCCAACAGGCGGAACUGGUCCAACAGGUAAUACAGGUCCAACGGGAUCUACUGGUCCAACUGGUGCUACUGGGCCUACUGGUUCAACUGGUAUAACUGGAGCAACUGGGCCGAUCGGUAGCACUGGACCAUCUGGUUCGACAGGGACAACUGGUUCUACUGGACCAACUGGUAGAACUGGUCCUACAGGUUCUACAGGACCUGCAGGGUCAACUGGUCCAACCGGUGCCACGGGACCUACUGGAGCAACUGGAAUUACAGGUGCAACUGGACCAAUAGGAAGCACCGGACUAAGUGGAGCAAAAGGAAAUGCUGGCUCUACUGGUAACACCGGAUCAACUGGACCUACUGGUUCAAUUGGUAAAACAGGUUCUACUGGACCAACUGGAUCAACAGGUACAACAGGUGCAACUGGUUCAAUUGGUCUCACUGGCCCAACCGGGGCAACUGGGUUAUCUGGUGCCACUGGUCAGCCAGGUGUUAUAGGAUCCACAGGUGCUACAGGCCAAACUGGUGCAACUGGAAUUAAAGGCAUUGCGGGCGCAACUGGACCUACUUCUGCAACUGGUCCCACUGGAUCAACUGGAGUGACUGGAAGCACUGGUCCAACAGGAACAAAAGGAGACGAGGGGGCAACAGGACCAAUGGGAGCAUUGGGUCCAACUGGUGCAACUGGACCCAGAGGACCGUCAGGAAAUACCAUCAACAUCAGCUACUAUCUUGGCAUAACAGGACCAUCUGGAGCAACUGGACCAGUAGGAUCUACUGGACCAACAGGAUUAACCGGACCAACAGGAACUACUGGUCCAACGGGUUCAACAGGAGUUGGAAGCACUGGUCCAACUGGUGCAACAGGUCCAUCUGGUGCAACAGGCCCAACUGGAGCUACUGGUGUUACGGGAGCAACAGGGCCUACAGGUAGCACUGGUGUAACUGGAAGCACGGGUCCAACGGGUGCUACUGGAGUAACUGGUGCCACGGGAAACACUGGAAUGAUUGGUCCAACUGGUGCAACUGGGCCCACUGGAGGAACAGGUGUAACGGGAUCAACUGGCAUUACAGGUGCAACUGGGGUAGCAGGGACAACUGGUCCAACAGGAACAACAGGACCGACAGGAUCUACUGGUCCAACGGGUGCUACAGGUCCAACUGGGGGAACUGGCAGAAGUGGUGCCACGGGCCCAACAGGAGUAACAGGACCUACGGGUGCGACUGGUGUAACAGGUGAAAUAGGACCUGAUGGCUCAACUGGACAAACGGGGGCUACGGGUUUGAUUGGAACUGGUCCAACUGGUGCAACGGGACCGACAGGAUUAACAGGACCAGAUGGUUCAACUGGACCAUCGGGUGCAACUGGUAGUACUGGUGUUCUUGGACCAACGGGAGCAACUGGACCUGCUGGGAAUGUUGUGUAUUUACAAUUUUAUAAUGGUGCUACUGGACCAACUGGGUCAACCGGACCCACAGGGGCAACAGGUCCUCCUGGCACGACUGGACCAACAGGUUCAACUGGGCCAACGGGUGCUACUGGACCUACUGGGUCUACUGGUGUACCUGGUGCCACAGGUCCUACAGGAUCAACUGGACCAACAGGAGCAACUGGCGUUACUGGAAACACUGGGCCAGUCGGUUCUACUGGUAUAAGCGGAAGCACUGGCCCAACAGGAACAACAGGUCCAACGGGUGCCACUGGACCCACUGGUUAUACAGGGCCUGACGGUGCAACUGGGCCAACAGGAGCUACUGGUACUGCCACUGGGCCCACUGGUGCAACGGGACCGCAAGGAUCGACAGGACCAGAUGGUUCAACUGGCCCAUCUGGCGCAACUGGGAGUGAUGGCGUGGUUGGACCAACUGGGUCGACUGGACCGGCUGGUAAUGUGGUUAAUUUAAAUUUCUACGAUGCUAUAACUGGACCUACUGGAUCGACAGGGCCAACAGGAGCUACAGGUGUUCCAGGAGCUACCGGUCCGACAGGAUCAACAGGCCCAACAGGUGCAACGGGGCCUUCGGGUGCAACUGGUGUCACAGGCAGUACUGGCCCUACUGGAUCAACUGGUCCGACAGGAUCGACAGGCCCAACAGGGUCUACGGGUGUAACAGGAGCAACGGGCAUAACUGGUGCAACUGGUUUGUUCGGCGCAACUGGUCCUACGGGAGCAACUGGUCCAUCUGGUGCAACAGGUGUAACGGGAGCAACAGGAACAAGUGGAGCAACAGGGGGCACUGGGCCUACCGGAGCAACUGGUGUUACUGGAAGUACAGGGCCUACAGGUUCUACAGGCGUAAUCGGAUCCACAGGACCAACAGGAGCAAUGGGGGACAUAGGACCAAUUGGACCUACUGGUGCAACUGGUAUACAAGGGACAACUGGACCAACAGGAUCAACAGGUCCAACAGGCUCUACAGGCCCUACAGGGGCAACAGGUGUAACGGGAAUGACUGGACCAAGUGGUUCAACUGGUAGAACGGGAGUAACCGGGCCCACUGGAUCUACUGGUCCAACUGGUGCAACUGGUCCAACAGGUACCACUGGGCCAACAGGUUCAACAGGCCCAACUGGAGCAACUGGACCGACGGGAUCAACGGGUCCUUCUGGAGCUACUGGUCCAAGUGGUGCAACUGGUCAAACAGGGGCAACUGGACCUACGGGUGCUUCUGGCCCAACUGGUGCUACUGGCCCAACUGGAUCAACAGGUCCAACCGGUUCCACUGGUCCAACAGGAACAACUGGGCCAACUGGAUCUACAGGACCAACUGGAACAACAGGGCCUACAGGUGCAACCGGUCAAACAGGAGCUACGGGACCAACAGGAACGACUGGACCGACAGGUUCAACUGGUCCUACUGGUUCUACUGGCAAAACCGGAACGACAGGUCCUACUGGAUCAACAGGACCUACUGGUGCAACAGGACCAACUGGGGCUACCGGUCGUCCUGGAUCGACGGGUCCUACCGGUUCUACUGGUCCUACGGGAUCAACUGGUCCAACUGGGGCUACUGGUCCUACUGGUUCGACGGGUGUCACGGGAUCCACGGGUCCAACUGGAUCAACAGGUCCAACGGGCUCAACUGGACCCACGGGAUCAACAGGUCCUACAGGAUCAACUGGUCCAACAGGCACAACUGGACCGACAGGAUCAACGGGUCCUACUGGAUCAACAGGUCCAACAGGAGCGACGGGACCAACUGGUGCAACAGGGCCAACGGGUACUACGGGGCCUACUGGUUCAACGGGCCCAACGGGAUCAACUGGACCAACUGGAGGUACUGGACCGACUGGUGCAACAGGUCCUACUGGUGGAACAGGACCUACUGGUACAACAGGUCCAACUGGUUCCACGGGACCAACUGGAGCAACGGGACCAACCGGAUCAACCGGACCUACGGGGAGUACAGGGCCGACAGGUGCAACAGGCCCUACAGGUUCUACUGGUCCAUCAGGUUCAACGGGUCCAACUGGAUCUACUGGUCCAACAGGAUCAACUGGACCUACGGGAUCAACAGGUCCUACAGGUUCUACUGGGUUGACUGGUUCAACUGGUCCCACAGGGUCCACUGGCCCAACAGGAUCAACUGGACCGACAGGUUCAACAGGGCCGACUGGUGCAACUGGCCCUACUGGUGCAUCUGGUCCGACGGGAGGGACUGGUCCAACAGGCUCAACUGGGCCAACAGGAGGAACUGGCCCAACAGGCUCUACAGGUCCUACUGGCGCAACAGGACCAACUGGAACAACGGGGCCAACUGGCUCAACUGGACCAACUGGAGCAACUGGACCAACAGGAACAACAGGGCCGACAGGGAAUACAGGACCGACGGGAUCAACAGGACCAACAGGGUCUACUGGGCCAACAGGUUCAACUGGUCCAACUGGUACAACGGGUCCGACAGGAUCAACUGGACCAACAGGUGCAACAGGACAAACUGGAUCUACAGGUCCAACAGGGGCAACAGGUCCAACAGGAGCCACAGGUCCAACUGGAGCAACAGGACCAACUGGGGCGACAGGACCCACGGGAACAACAGGUCCUACUGGGACUACAGGACCAACAGGUUCAACUGGACCCACCGGCUCUACGGGCCCAACAGGAACAACUGGCCCCACAGGGGCAACAGGGCCAACUGGAUCUACCGGACCAAGUGGUGCGACGGGCCCUACGGGGGCUACAGGACCAACAGGCUCGACGGGUCCUACUGGUUCCACUGGCCCAACAGGCACCACUGGACCAACAGGAGCGACAGGACCAACUGGAAGUACUGGACCAACUGGUGCAACGGGUCCUACUGGUGCCACAGGACCAACAGGUUCUACUGGUCCUACCGGCGCGACAGGUCCAACUGGUGCAACUGGUCAAACAGGAGCAACAGGACCAACUGGAACUACUGGACCAACUGGUACUACUGGUCCUUCUGGUGCAACAGGGCCAACGGGUUCGACAGGUCCUACUGGCACAACUGGUCCUACAGGAACAACUGGCCCAACAGGAGCAACCGGUCCAACAGGAGGAACUGGACCUACUGGAGCAACAGGGCCAACUGGUGCUACUGGACCAACAGGAUCAACGGGUCCUACUGGCUCCACGGGCCCUACUGGAGCAACUGGCCCAACAGGAGCAACUGGACCAACUGGAACUACUGGACCAACUGGUACAACAGGUCCUUCUGGUUCCACUGGUCCAACAGGUGCAACUGGGCCAACGGGAGGAACAGGACCGACGGGCUCAACAGGUCCUACAGGGGCUACAGGGCCGACAGGUUCGACAGGUCCAACUGGUGCAACUGGUCCAACUGGAUCAACUGGCCCAACAGGAGCCACUGGACCAACGGGAUCAACAGGACCUUCAGGAGCCACUGGACCGACCGGUGCAACAGGUCCCACUGGCGCAACCGGUCCAACUGGUUCAACAGGCCCUACUGGUUCAACAGGCCCAACAGGUGCAACUGGACCUACAGGAGCAACAGGGCCAACAGGAGGUACAGGACCAACAGGAUCAACAGGCCCAACAGGAUCGACGGGUCCCACAGGAACAACUGGACCGACUGGAUCAACAGGCCCGACGGGAGCAACGGGACCAACGGGAGCGACAGGUCCGACAGGGACAACGGGUCCAACUGGAGCUACAGGGCCUACUGGUUCAACUGGCCCAACUGGUUCUACAGGACCAACAGGGUCCACUGGUCCAACUGGAUCUACAGGACCAUCUGGUGGCACUGGGCCAACAGGAUCGACUGGCCCAACGGGAGCAACUGGCCCAACAGGUUCGACUGGUCCAACUGGUGCUACAGGUCCAACGGGGGCAACUGGACCAACAGGCUCUACUGGUCCCACUGGCGCAACAGGUCCUACCGGAGCCACAGGACCUACUGGUACCACUGGUCCUACAGGCGCGACUGGACCAACAGGCUCAACAGGUCCAACUGGUGCAACAGGUCCAACGGGUGCUACUGGACCAACAGGUUCAACCGGUCCUACUGGCGCAACAGGACCGUCUGGAUCAACUGGGCCUACAGGAGCCACUGGUCCUACAGGCGCAACUGGUCCAACAGGUGCUACUGGGGUAACUGGAGCAACAGGUAGGACGGGAUCUACAGGUCCCACGGGCGCUACUGGUCCAACCGGCUCCACAGGGCCAACAGGAGCAACGGGUCCGUCUGGUGCGACCGGGCCAACUGGAGCGACUGGCCCCACUGGAUCAACUGGUCCUACAGGCUCUACUGGUCCAACUGGGUCGACGGGUCCUUCUGGAGCUACGGGUCCUACGGGGAGCACUGGGCCAACUGGAUCUACGGGUCCAACCGGAGCUACUGGUCAAACGGGAGCAACAGGCCCAACGGGAGCAACAGGCCCCACUGGGUCUACGGGAAUUAUGGGUGCUACCGGUCCCACUGGAGCAACAGGGCAGUAUAUAGAUAUUGACGAGUGCUCAGACGGAAAUGGAGGCUGUGAUACCAUCUGUGUUAACACCAUAGGAAGCUUCUAUUGUGACUGUGACUCUGGCUUUCAUAUAGAAAACGAUAGCACGUGUGUAGAUACGAUCGAGUGUGAAACAUACAAUGGCAUGUGUGAGCAGUCGUGUACUAAUACCAAUGGUUCCUACAUUUGUGCUUGUGGUACUGGUUACGAAUUAGCCAACGACACACAUGCCUGUGAUGAUGUAAAUGAGUGUGAUACAGGUGGAACAUGUGGUACUUCGUUCUGCAUCAACACAUACGGAAGUUAUACCUGCCUUAGGUCUUCCAUUUCUCUUAGUAAACAGUCGUCCUCUUUAGGACAAGAUAACGCAGACAGACUCGAUACCAUUGAUGAUGAGAUUCUCGAAUAUAGUACUACUUCAACCUCCACACAGAUAAUAUGGAUAGUCAUCUCGACCAUUGCUAUCGUUGCUCUAUGUGUCACUGUCGUAAGGAAUUGGAGAACAAACAGGCGUCAUAAUCGGGAAUUAAGAGAACAAAGCAUAAGAUUAAGUGCGACUUCAUCGAUACUAGAAUCGAUAUCAUCGCUUGGAACAUCUUCAUCUGGAACGGUUGGAAGGAGUAAUCCAUUCACUAACACUCCACUAGGCUUGAAUGACACACCGAAUGGUUUAAACGAACCUUCUAAUUAUGUAGAUACUUUAGAGCCAAACUUCAUGUGCGAUGCAGUUUCAGAAAGACCGAGCAUUGACGAAGAUCUCGAAUCGGAGAUAAUUCAGAUAAUAAAUAGACAUCUAGGGAUAGAGAAUGGAGUUCAACCAAAAAUACUUCAAAGAACAGAUGUUACCAAUCACGUAUAGGUCUGAACAUUUCGAAACGUUUGUAAAUAUCCACAAUUCAAGACUUGUAAAUAUCGGUUGAAGGAGGUAGCCAGAGUGGAGCUGGCCAGAAUUUUUCAAAACCGUGCAGUUUUUCACCAUUCUGAGC